UUUUCCAGGCAACCGGGAAGGACUGGACAGAUGUAGUAACCAUUUUUAUUCAUGUUAUCAGUUAUAUAUUUCUACAUAAAAUAGUGUAUAUGUUAGUGCGAUCUUUGUACAGACGUGUAAAUUUGUGACGGACAUUCUAAGGUGAAACAUGGCAGGUGCAUUGAAACCAGGGUUCUACAGAAUCGAGCUGAACAAGACGGUUUGGGAAAUGCCCCAGCGAUAUCAAAUGUUGUCCCCGGUAGGAUCCGGUGCAUACGGGCAAGUCUGCUCUGCACUCGACACCAAGCUGAACAGAAAGGUAGCCAUCAAGAAGUUGGCGCGCCCGUUCCAGUCCGCGAUCCACGCCAAGCGAACGUACCGUGAGGUUCGCAUGUUAAAGCACAUGGACCACGAAAACAUUAUCGGACUCCUGGACAUAUUCACGCCAAACACAACGCUGGAGCAUUUUUCAGAAGUGUAUCUCGUCACGCACCUGAUGGGCGCGGACUUGAACAACAUCAUCAAAACACAGAAGCUGACCGACGACCACGUCCAGUUUCUCGUCUAUCAGAUCCUCCGUGGUUUAAAGUACGUGCAUUCGGCUGGGAUAAUCCAUCGGGAUCUAAAGCCGGCGAACCUAGCUGUUAGUGAGGAGGUUGAGCUGAAGGAUCUAAAACCGAGCAACAUAGCUGUUAACGAGGACUGUGAAUUAAAGGUUGGAAUUAGUAUUUUAAUACGUUAA